AUGUUGGCUUCAGCACGCUCGCCCGCCUUAAGGAACAGCUUCCGUCACUUUACCAAGAUACGCGCCGCGCAGACUCUAAGCAUGUCUCCUGCUAAGCGAGCCAACAGCUCCUCAUCCUCUUCAGGUUAUGUUGAGAACAAUUCAAAGGGACCAAUGCUGCGAUGGCAAGACUCUCUUCCACGAUUGCCCGUGCCGACACUCGAGGAGACAGCCAAGCGUUAUUUAAAGUCGCUUCACCCUCUCCUGUCUACCAGCGAGUACGAGGCCAGCAAGAAGGCCGUUGACGAGUUUGUGCGUCCUGGCGGCGUAGGCUCGAAGCUGCAAGAAAAGCUCGUGGCCAAGCGUGAGGACCCGAACACCAAGAACUGGAUUUAUGAGUGGUGGAAUGAUGCCGCCUACCUCUCCUACCGUGACCCAGUCGUUCCUUAUGUCAGCUACUUCUAUUCCCACCGAGACGACCGCCGAAGACGAGACCCAGCCAAGCGCGCUGCUGCGAUUACAACAUCCGUCCUUGAAUUCAAGAAGCAGGUUGACGGUGGUACUCUCGAGCCAGAGUACAUGAAGAAGCUGCCCAUUUGCAUGGAUAGCUACCAGUGGAUGUUCAAUGCCUCUCGAGUCGCAGCCAAGCCUGCCGACCAUCCUGUUAAGUUCUCUCCCGAGGAGAACAAGCACAUCAUUGCUAUUCGCAAGAACCAGUUCUUCAAGAUUCAGCAUGAGAUCGACGGAAAGCAGCUCAACACUUCAGAGCUUGAGAAACAGUUCAAGCACGUCUACGAGGUUGCCCAGCGUGUUCCUGCUGUUGGCGCUCUCACCUCAGAGAACCGAGACAUCUGGACGGAAGCUCGUGAUACUCUGCUCAAGGCAAGCCCGAAGAACAAGGACGCGCUCGAGGCUAUCGAGUCAGCCUCAUUCGUGGUUUGCCUUGACGACGCAUCACCCGUCACUCUCGAGGAGCGUGCCCAUCAGUACUGGCACGGCGAUGGUGCCAACCGCUGGUAUGACAAGCCUCUGCAGUUCAUCAUCAACGAUAACGGCACGUCUGGAUUCAUGGGCGAACACUCUAUGAUGGACGGUACUCCCACUCAUCGCCUCAACGACUACGUUAACGAUCUUAUCUUCGGAAACAAGCUCGACUUCUCUGACCCCAACAUCCGCUCAAACCUACCCGAACCUCAGCUCGUCAAGUUUGAGAUCACCCAGGAAGUCCAGAGUGAAAUUGAUCGUGCUACAAAGGACUUUAACGAUAUCAUUAGCAAGCAUCAGCUUGCCGUUCAGGCCUAUCAAGGCUAUGGAAAGGGUCUCAUUAAGAAGUUUAAGUGCUCGCCAGACGCUUAUGUUCAAAUGAUCAUCCAGCUCGCCUACUUCAAGAUGUACGGCAAGAGCCGACCUACUUACGAGUCCGCUGCCACGCGUCGUUUCCAGCUUGGUCGCACCGAGACAUGCCGCACUGUUUCGGAUGAUUCUGUCGCUUGGGUCCAGGCCAUGUCUGAUGCCUCCGUCGAAGACAAGACACGUGUAGAGCUUUUCCGCAAGGCAAUCAACGCCCAUAUCGAGUACAUCACUGCUGCAUCCGACGGCAAGGGUGUCGACCGACAUCUCUUUGGUCUCAAGAAGCUCCUUGAAGCUGGCCAAGAAGUCCCCGCCAUUUACAAGGACCCUGCAUACGGAUAUUCCAGCUCGUGGCACCUGUCCACUUCCCAACUUAGCUCCGAGUUCUUUAACGGUUACGGUUGGAGUCAGGUCAUCGACGCUGGCUUUGGUAUCGCAUACAUGAUCAACGAGAACAGUCUUAACUUCAACAUCGUAUCCAAGGGUCUCGGCAGCGACCGCAUGAGUUACUACUUGAACGAAGCUGCCAACGAUAUGCGCGAGUUGCUCACACCUACUCUGGAGCCUCCCAAGGCCAAGCUGUAA